GUAACAUUCAGUUUUUUUGUGCGCGCUGCCAGAGCCAGACUAGUGCGAUAUAGUUCAGUCAAAGCAACACCUGGUACAAACCGUAUUUGUCACAGUGUACGGGACAUAUUUGUAAAUCAACAAGCAGCAUUUUAAGAUGGCAGCCUCCGAAGAUAUUCAGGUCAAGGAACUUGACAAGCGGGCCUCUGGCCAAGCCUUUGAGGUCAUUCUUGGUGAUCCGACCCCGGACAGUAAGGGUGACUUCCCCUUGGCCCCUCCAAAGAAAAAGGAUGUCUCAUUGGAGGAAAUUCAGAGGAAGCUGGAUGCUGCAGAAGAAAGACGCAAGAACCAUGAAGCUGAGGUUUUGAAGCAUUUAGCAGAAAAACGCGAGCAUGAAAAAGAAGUGCUGCAGAAAGCUAUGGAAGAGAACAACAAUUUCAGCAAGAUGGCUGAGGAGAAACUCAACCAAAAAAUGGAAGCCAACAAAGGGAAACGUACAGCAAUUAUGGCGGCGAUGAAUGAAAAAUUCAAGGAGAAAGAUAAAAAAUUGGAGGAGGUGCGAAAAAAUAAAGAAACCAAUCAAACCAACGCAGAUGAAGAAACUUCAGAAGACUGAAUUACAUCAGAAGACUGAAUUACAUAAUGUGAAUGCAAUGUCAUUUUUGUACUUUACUAUUCUUUGUCGACUUUUUUUAGUUGUGGUUGUUAAUGUUAACCAGUAUACCCGUGUUAAUUUCCCACUAGAAGUAAGAAAAUAUUUGUUUUUAUUUUAUUUAAUUUACAUUUAUUUUUUAAUUCUUAACCCAGAAACGUUUUUGUGCUUAUUUUGUGUGGCUAGCAACCUCAACACCGUUAGUUGUGAAAUGUAUCCGGAUCAUCCCAAAAUUGGAGGAUAUUUUACAUCCCACCCAUCAACUUUUAAAUAAUCCACAUACACAAUGCAAAAUAAAGCAGUUUAAGUACAUGAGUAAAUUUACUUGUGCGGAGACCAAAUCUAAAAUAAAUAAAUAAA